CCCCGGAUGAUUGAGGCUGGAGCGGCAUGAGGGAGGAACACACAUGCAGUUCAGAUUUACCCAAACAUUCAUACACUCAUACACGCAUUUACACACUUACACACACUAAUACACACACUUUAACACCGCUUUACACAGAGAAGAGCAGAUCAUGUCUUCAAAGAAGUCUAAAGCUAAAGGAAAGAGGGCUGAGGAUGGAGAGAUGAGUGUAUUAGAGGGGUUAGACCCAGAAACUGUGAGUGUAACUGACUUUAUAGAGAAAGCAGAAGAGAAAGCUCCUAAGCGAUGCCGGUCAUAUCUCGCCCAACUGAGUUUAAACACGAUGAAGAGUGUGAACGCCUGCAUCGGCCGACCCGUCCUCAUCACCAGCUCUACAGGACAGCAGGAGGUGUGUGUGGCGUGGCCCGCUGCCCAGUUCCCUAGCAGGAAGGUGGGUCUGAUGCCCGAGACCCAAAUCAGCCUGGGAGUGAAGGGCGGAGCCACAGUUAGACUACAGCCAAUCACAGGGGCCGUCCUGCAGGCGGAGGAGCUUCAGAUCACCCUCAGAGAUGAAGAUGAGUGUAUCAGUACUGAAGAUUUCAGCAGCUUCCUCUUACGGACGUUAGACGGCAGGAUCCUCCUCCCUGGAUGUUCUCUGACUGUGUCCUAUUUCGGCCGUAAGUGUCCAAUCAGGGUGGACGCUGUAAAGGGGGUGGACGGUGUCUCCCUCUGUCCCCUCACCCCUCUCUCGGACCCGUCCCUUCCGCCGUUACUGGACCCCUCUCCUCUGGAUCUGUCUCUCCAGCUGGGUCAGCUGACCCUGAACCACUCAUCGCCCCGCCCAUCGCCCCGCCCAUCCGCCAGCACGCCCAAUCGACCUCAAGACUCCUCGCUCCUGACCUCGCCUCCUCUCUCCACUCCACAUAAACUGGACAGCACGUCCGACAGGCUCCUCCCUCUCACGCCGGACACGCCCCUUCAGUCCGUGGAGUCUGAGGAGGACCUCGGGACACGUCCGGUUGUGCUGGAUCUGGCUCCCCCUGCUGUUCGCUUUGGGAGCGACACCUUCUACUCCAUCUGCUGCUCCACCCGGCUGAGCUUCACCCACUCGCAGCCGCAAACCACGGAGGACCAGGGUCAGGAGAGGUCAAAGGUCACCUACAGUAUGAUUGGUGGGCUGAGCGCUCAGCUGGCGGCGAUCAGAGAAACCAUUGAGCUUCCUCUGAAGCACCCGGAGAUCUUCAGGAAGUACGGAAUCCCGCCCCCUAGAGGAGUGCUGCUGUAUGGGCCACCCGGCACAGGAAAGACCAUGAUUGGACGAGCAGUAGCCAAUGAGGUGGGGGCGCACAUGACCGUAAUCAAUGGGCCAGAGAUCAUGAGCAAGUUUUAUGGUGAAACUGAAGCGCGUCUCCGCCAGAUAUUUGCAGAGGCUUCACAAAAGCAGCCUGCGAUCAUCUUUAUUGAUGAGUUGGACGCUCUGUGCCCGAAGAGAGAGGGAGCUCAGAACGAGGUGGAGAAACGAGUCGUCGCCUCUCUUCUCACGCUGAUGGACGGAAUCGGAUCUGAAGGUCACAGUGGUCAGCUGCUGGUUCUGGGAGCCACUAAUCGUCCUCACGCUCUGGACCCGGCCCUGCGGCGUCCGGGGCGGUUCGAUAAGGAGCUGGAGGUGCGCGUUCCUGCUGCGGAGGGGCGGAUGGAUAUCCUGCAGAAGCAGCUGCGCUCCGUCCCCUGUGAGAUCAGCACAGAGGAGCUGCAGGAACUAGCCGACGCGGCGCAUGGAUACGUAGGAGCGGACCUCGCUGCUGUCUGCAAGGAGGCCGGCCUUCAUGCACUGAGGAGAGUUUUAGGCUCCGCCCCCGGCCUGUGUGACCCUGAGGUGAUGGACAGAGUGAAGGUCACCGCCUCCGACCUCAGACUGGCCAUGAAGCACGUCAAGCCCAGCGCCAUGAGAGAAGUCGCUAUCGAUGUUCCUAAAGUGCGUUGGAGUGAUGUUGGUGGUAUGGAGGAUGUGAAGCUGAAGCUGAAGCAGGCUGUAGAAUGGCCCCUGAAGCACCCGGAGGCGUUCGCUCGGCUGGGCAUUGCGCCCCCUAAAGGAGUGCUGCUGUACGGUCCGCCCGGCUGCUCCAAAACCAUGAUCGCUAAAGCGCUCGCUAACGAGAGCCAGCUCAACUUCCUCGCCAUCAAGGGUCCAGAGUUACUGAGUAAAUAUGUGGGAGAGUCGGAGCGAGCCGUACGAGAGGUUUUCCGGAAGGCGAGGACAGUCGCUCCCUCCAUCGUGUUCUUUGAUGAGAUCGACGCUCUGGCUGUAGAGAGGGGCAGCUCGUCCCGGUCCAGCGGUGUCGGUGAUCGAGUGUUAGCUCAGCUGCUAACGGAGAUGGACGGAAUCGAGCAGCUUAAAGACGUCACGGUUCUCGCCGCCACCAACCGACCCGACAUGAUUGAUAAGGCUCUGAUGCGACCCGGGCGUCUGGACCGGAUCGUGUACGUCCCUCUCCCGGACAGCGCCACCCGGAGGGAGAUUUUCAGCCUGCAGUUCCGCAGCAUGCCGGUCCACUCCAGCGUGCACCUGGACGACCUGGUGACCCGAACCGAGCGCUACUCGGGGGCAGAGAUAACUGCAGUGUGUCGUGAAGCUGCACUCUUCGCCCUUCAGGAGGACAUUAAAGCCGAGCACAUCACCGACCGGCACUUUGACUCCGCCCUGUCUGCUAUUAAACCACGAGUCCCAGAAUCCCUCAUUCAGACCUACAUCUCCUACCAGCAGCAGCAUCACGGCACCCGGCCCUUCUGCUGACGGGGGGGCCGAGGGGGCCAGCGCCCCCCAGUAUAAAGACUCUUCUACCCCCUGUAGGAUCUGAACUGAUUAACUGAUAAUAAAUGGAGCUUCUUUAU